CGAAUGUGAGGUGACUGUGCAUUUGUAAUUGUAGAGUGACGUGUGUGAGGUGACUGUGCAUUUGAAAUUGUAGAGUGAAGAUAAGCAGCAAGAGUGAGUGAUUAUUACAAUUAAAUUAAGUUUGUCUCAUUUUAAUUUUUCUGCAACGGUCACUCCGACCACCACCACCGGAGUAUCAAAACAUGAGGUACUCUAUGACCCUAAAACCCAUUCUCUCCACACCCUCUGGUUUUCUAAAAAGGUGUACGCUUUAUUCAUUCUUCUACAUUCACGCUAGUUCGCCUCAUAGCACUAAGGUUGAUGAUGCCUUUGCAUCAUUCAGUCACAUGCUCAACCUGAAACCCUUCCCUUCUAUAGUUGAGUUCAAUAAAAGGUUAUCUUCACUUGUCAAAAUGAAACAUUUUCAAUCUGUGCUUAUUUUGUGUAAGCAAAUGGAAAUAGCGGGAGUUUCGAUUAAUGUUUAUACUAUUAACAUGAUGAUGCAUUGUUUUAGUCAUUUGCAUCAUGUGGAGUGUGGGUUUUCUCUGCUCGCAAAAUGUUUCAAACUUGGAUUUCCCCUUCAGGUUAGAAUGUUUAAUCCCUUAAUCAAUGGCCUUUGUUUACAAGGUAAAACUGCUCAAGCUCUCCAAUUGCUAGAUGAUAUUGAAUCUGAUGGUUAUCAACUCGAUGUGUAUGCCUAUACAUUUAUUGUUGUUGCCUUCUGUAAAAUUGGAAAUUUCAGGGAUGCCAUUUGUCUACUUCAAACAAUGACAGCAAAAGGUUGUCAACCUAAUGUUGUAACAUAUAACACAAUUGUCAGUGGUCUUUGUAGAGAGGGUAGAGUUAUCAUGGCCAGAGACCUUGUGUUAGAGAUGAAGAGCAAAAAUAUAUGGCCUGAUGCCAUAACUUUCACCUCUUUAGUUCAUUGUCUUUUCAAUUUAGACCAAUGGAAGGAAGCAUUAGCUUUACAUGAUGAAAUGUUUGAUUCGAAAAUCAAGUCAGAUGUAAUUACUUUCAAUGUAUUGGUUGAUGGUCUUUGCAAACAAGGCAUGAUUUUAGAAGCUCUUGAUGUGAUUAAAGUAAUGGCGCGGAAGGAGGUAGAGCCGAAUGUGGUCACUUAUAAUUCAUUAAUAGAUGCAUAUUCUCAGCAGAAUCGAUUAAGUGACGCUAGAGAAGUAUUUGACAUAAUGCGAAGCAAGGGAUGCACUCCUAGUGCUGUGACUUACAACAUCUUCAUUAAACUGUGCUGCAAGAACAACAGAGUUGAUGAUGCAAAACAAUAUUUUCAUGAAAUGCAGCUUAAAAAUAUUACACCUUCUGUUGCUUCUUAUAAUUCUAUGAUACAUGGCUUCUGCCAAGUGGGAAGGCUUUUUGACGGACAGAAGCUCUUUAAUAACAUGCUUCGUACAGGCCCUUCUCCGGAUAUUAUUACGUAUGCUAGUUUGAUAGACAGCCUUUGCAAACAUGGUGAUUUUGAUUCCGUGGCGGCUCUAUUUCAUCAAAUGGAGAAGAGUUCGUUGAAGCCUAAUUCUAUAAUCUACGGCAGCCUAAUUCACGGUUUGUGCAAAGCUGGAAAACUCAGUGAGGCGAAGGAUUUGUUUUUCAGACUCUCCAUUCAAGGGGUGCAGCAUGAUGUCCAAACAUAUAAUAUACUAAUCAAUGGAAUUUGCAGAGAAGGAUUGUUAGAUGAAGCAUACCAGGUCUUCAGGAAAAUGAGAGAGAAUGGCUGCUUUCCGGAUAGUUGCACGUAUAAUGUGGUUAUUCAGGGAUUUCUCAGGCACAACAAUGAGGCAGGAGCAACACAACUUAUUGAAGAAAUGCUUGAUAAAGGGUUUUGUGCAGAUGCCACCACAUUAUCCUUGGUAAUAGAUGUUUUGUCUAGUGAUGAUGGUAUAAUGAGAAAGCUAUUCGAAUUUGUCCCGAAGAAGAGAAAGACAGAUGAUCAAUCUCUUAAUGAUGGAGCAGCAGAAGUGGCUCCAGCAACCAGUGAGCAGAAGAAAGAUAAGAAGAAGAAAAAAAAGAAAACCGAUGACGAUGAGACUCCGGUGCCAAAAGGUGGAAAUGGAACUGCAGUACUGGCAAUUCAUUAUGGUGCCCUUGGAGAUGGCGAAGAUAGCUCUCUAGGACUGGAAAGCCGAAGCAAGCUGGAAGCACGGUUAAGGAGUCUUGAAGGGAGAGAAUUGAGUCGGUCCCCUGGAUCGGCUAAAGGCAAACCGGAGAUAGAAGCUUAUGACAAGGACCGAAAGAAGGGAGCUGGCGGAUUGAUAACUCCUGCCAAGACUUAUAAUCCCUCGACUGAUGCUAUACUUGGACAAACACCAAACUCCACGGCUGGUAAUGAGGUUGAAUUUGUCCCCAAGAAGAGAAAGACAGAUGAUCAAUCUCUUACUGAUGGAGCAGCAGAAGUGGCUCCAACUAUCCGUGAGCAAAAGAAAAAAAAGAAAACCGAAGAAGGAUCCGAAAGGCCAAAUAGUGGAAAUGGAACUGUAGAGCAGGAAGAUGAUGUGGAAAAGGCUGAUGCAGGAGAAAAGAAGACGAAGAAGCGAAAAAAUUCCAAACAAGCCGAAGAAAGAUCCGAAAGGCCAAGCAAGAAAGAAGAAAAGAAGUGAAAAAGUGAGGCUUAAGGAAAUCUGGUAUGAGGUUACAUGAUUGCUGGGAUUGCUGGGUAUUGUUUUGGUGUUGGAAAAGUUCAGACAUUUUCAUAUUUUUCUUACCUUUUUCAAAUUAACGUUUUAGGUCUGCUGAUUGUGUUUAUGUCACUGUAGUUAAUGGAUGGUUUCCCUUGAUAAGAUUUCUAAUUACUGUA